GACAGCCACUCCAGUGUGAAAACAAAGAAAGCAACUGCAACCCAACCUCACCCAGCAAAUGCCAGGGCAGGGACUUUCCCCAAGCCUCUUGACAGGAAUCCUUGUUUUUGUCCUGAGUACAAUCUUGCAAAAUCCUCAAACUUCCCAACUCCCCUUCCCCCCCCUUUCCUGCCUCUUUUCUACAGCUCAUAAAUGUGUGAGAGUGACUGAGGUCUUCCCCACUCUGUUUCAAGCAUCAGAAAGAUUCUGCAGUUCCUUUAUCCAGAUGUUACAACAGCUGUUGAUGAACUGAAGGGGGGAAACCAGAGGAGAAGACUGAGUGUGAAAGGGUCUGGGCCUUCAGUCUGCUUGAUGAAGACCUUCGUGUAAUGCAAAAACUUGCACACUGUCAUGUGAAGAGGAGUUGACCCAAGAUAUCCUCCAGAUUCAUGUUGGAUCCCUUACAAGCAAGCAGCACUUAUUACUGGAGUCAAGGGUAUAUCUGUUUUCUCCCCAUCAGUCUUUUACACUUCAAGCUCUGCUCCACCUCUGAAACUUCUAGUAUUUUAUGGACUCGUUUCUAAUUCACUGUGCACUUGACUAGAACCAAAUUAACAGUUGAUACUUUUAAACUCUGAACAGUUCAACAGCCCUGAAAAUGCAAAAGAAAUUAUUCAACUUUUAAGCCCGGACUUAUGUAUUUAUGGGAACAGGUUGAGGUGGCAAGAUUUGCAGCUCUCUCAGUACUUUGUUAUGAUUUAGACAACAUUAAGCACAUCUUUUUAGGCCUCUGCUUCAUAUGUCUGCAGAAGCUCCAGGCAGCUUUAGUGUUCUCCUGAUAAAAGGCAAAGAUGUGAGGAGCAGAAUAGCCGUGCAUUCUCUGUGGAAGGAUUUAUCACCUCUAACAAUUCGUUUUAUCUGCCGUGUCAAAACUCACUGCACAGGCCCUUUUGCUGAAAGUAUCUGCCCAAGAAAAGAACCUCAUUUCCUUUAUUAAAAAAAAAAGACAGCGAAAACCUACUGCAUCAAAACCCUGGCUUUUUCAUAUUUGUUUGUGAUUUUCUGUGAGGGCUCCAUAAUAGAACAUCAUUCCAAUUCAUGACACACUAAUGUUUUUUCCCUUUUAGUCAGAUAACCUCAUACUUGCCCAAAAUGGAGCAGAACACCACGUCGAUGCCUCUUACUUCAGAUCUACCUAUCAAGAAGCAGACAGUGUGUAUUUUUGGAACAGGAGAUUUUGGAAGAUCUCUAGGACAGAAGAUGAUGCAGUGUGGCUAUUCUAUAGUAUUCGGAAGCCGAAAUCCUCAGAAUUCCAAAAUGAUUCCUCAAGGAGCCACAGUGUUAUCCCAUGUAGAAGCUGCAGAGACAUCUGACAUCAUCAUAGUAGCAAUCAACAGACUAUAUUAUGACUUCCUUGAAAGGCUAAAGGAAACUCUCCAUGGGAAAGUGUUGGUGGAUAUUAGCAACAACCCCAAAAUGAACCAGUAUCCUGAGGCGAAUGCUGAAUAUCUUGCCCGCCUGUUGCCAGAGAGUAAAGUGGUAAAAGCAUUUAACACAGUGUCGGCAUGGGCUCUACAGUCAGGAGCACUGGAUGCAAGCAGACAGGUUUUUGUCUGUGGCAAUGACAGCAAAUCAAAAGAAAGGGUGAUGGAUAUUGUCCGAAGCCUUGGCCUCACUCCACUGGAUAAGGGAUCACUCUUGGCAGCAAAAGAAAUUGAAGAUUACCCUCUGCAACUCUUCCCGAUGUGGAAGUAUUCCAUUUAUAUGUCUCUAGGCCUCAGUAUUGUUCUUUUUAUCUAUUGUAUAAUCCGAGAGGUAGUCUACAAUUCUGUUGUGAACAACAAAGACUAUUCCUUUUUCAUAAUCAUUCGUAUUCCAAACCGUAUCUGCCCAGUUGUGGCACUCAUCCUUCUUGCUUUGGUUUACUUGCCCGGGAUCUUUGCUGCUGUUCUGCAGUUAUACAGAGGGACAAAAUACAGACGCUUUCCAGACUGGCUAGAUAAAUGGAUGCUCUGCAGGAAACAGCUCGGCCUGGUUGCCUUAGCUUAUGCUUUCGUACAUGUUCUGUAUACACUUGUCAUUCCUCUACGCUAUUACGUAACAUGGAAGCGCAACUCUUAUGUUCUUCAACAGGCAUUUAACAACAAAACUGAUCCAUUUGAUACUGUUAAUGGCUGGAUUAGCGACUCAUAUCUUGCUAUGGGUAUCUUGGGCUUCUCCCUGUUCGUUCUGCUCGGAAUCACAUCCUUGCCGUCUGUCAGCAACAGCGUCAACUGGAGAGAGUUUCGGUUUGUUCAGUCCUAUCUGGGCUAUCUCACACUGGUUCUGUGCACUGCCCAUACUCUACUCUAUGGUGGAAAGAGAUUUUUGCUCGCUAGUUAUCCAUGGGGACUUCCUGCUGUUUACAUCUUCUCGCUCAUUAUCCCUUGUAUUGUGUUGGUCAUGAAGUUUAUUCUGAUAUUUCCAUGCCUUGACAGACCGCUCACCGCCAUUCGUCAGGGCUGGGAGAGAAAACCCAAAGACCUAUAUGAGCCCCACAGCAACCUUGGCAAAUCCUCUGUAUAAAUUCUUAGCCAUUGUCCAGUGACUUGUAUAUAAUUGCGAACCGCUAAAAAUGGUCAAGUAGUGAGUACAACUGAAGCACACUCCCAAAUGGCUCAUAAUUAUGAACAUCAUAAUUACUCUGCUACCUAAAGACAACCAUUCUUGGCAUCAUUAUAUGAUCAUCAUCUAGUUUCUGUUCUGAUACAGAGGAUGUGUGUUUCUUCCUACAUCUGGGAUUGGAAGAAGCAAUUAUAGCUAUUUCUAUUUCUUACCACAGAAACCCAUCUUCCACUUUUUGGUUUAAAUUUUUUAAUUUUAAAAACACAUUUAUUUUCACAACUGUUGUUAAUCUAAUCCAUGUUGCAUAAUUAUACAUUUGUUUCCUGUCCAUUCCUCUCCCCAACCCCUUACUGUUAUAGCUAAUUCUUAACCCUCCUCUGGCACCACCUUCUGAUAUACCCAGGGCAUUGUAACUUUGUGCACCCUGGGCAUGUAAUUCUAUAGUGGCUCACAUUAUUAGCCAGGCAUUCUGGGGUUACUUUUCCCAGAAGGUACCAAUGCACAGCAUUUCAGAUAUGACUAAAAGAGCAUUCAGGGUGUCAGGGGAGUGAGAUACUCCUUGGCCAGGGCAGCAGCAGUGAUAAGCAUGGUAGCAGUGGUGUAGUGGUUAAGAGCAGAAACAGCAGUGGCAUAGUGGUUAAGAGCAAGUGGAUUCUAAUCUGGAGGAACUGGGUUUG